CUUGUCUUUUGUCUAGUAAUAGUUAAGAUUUUCCGAUUUUGCUUACAGAGAACUUCUUCGUACGAGGUCUCCGUCGGGUCCGUUGAGGAUCUCCGAGUUCAUAAAACAUCACAGCACCGAAAGGGCGAGACGGUGGAUAUAUCUUGCGCGCCAGCUUUCCAUUGAGCGAUUGCAAUUCAUGAUGGGCAGCACGUUCAGCAGGUUCUGGGACCAGACAUAUUUCAUCCCUAAACCUACGUUUACGGAGAAAGAUCUUCCUGAUCAAACCGGGAAAGUCCACCUCAUUACAGGCGGCUACGCCGGCCUGGGCGCCGACCUCGCCCGCCUUCUCUACUCCCGCAACGCCACCAUCUACAUCGCCGGCCGCAACCCCUCCAAAGCCGCAACCGCCAUCGAUGCCAUCAAAGCCGUGUACCCAGAUUCCAAAGGCCGUCUCGAGUUCCUAAAGCUCGAGCUCGACGAUUUCCGCACGAUAGCGCCGGCGGUGGCUGAGUUCCUAGCAAAGGAAGAGCGACUAGAUGUGCUAGUCAACAACGCAGGGGUGAUGAGUUCACCGAAGGAAGCGCGCGGGAAGCAGGGCCAUAAUCUCCAAAUCGCAACAAACGUGUUAGGGCCGUUUUUGCUCACAUCGCUUCUUAUGCCGCUGCUUCAGAAGACAGCGGCUACCUCCCCCACCGCGUCAGUGCGUGUGGUAUGGGCCGCCAGCUCCGCACUUGAUCUCACGGCGCCAAAUGGCGGCGUGCCAUUUGACGCUGCCGGCGCCCCUCUGACGGACUUCAGGCCGGAGACGCUGUACGGUCUCACCAAAGCAGCAGAUGUUAUACUGAGUAAGGAGGUCGCGAGGAAGUGGGGAGAUAGUGGCGUGAUGAGUUUAGCCUUCCACCCCGGUAAUUUGAAGACAGAGCUUGGUCGCCACACCCAUCUCUUCGGGAAACUUCUCAUGACGCUGAUCAGCCAUCCCUCUAUCUUAGGCGCGUAUACGGAGCUUUUCGCUGGCUGGUCUCCUACGGUCACCCCGGAUAAGAAUGGGGCGUAUAUCAUUCCCUGGGGGCGGUUCGGAGACUACAAUAAGGCCUUGGCGGACGCGAUCGAGAAUGAUGCGGGGGGGAAGCUGUGGACAUGGUGUGAGGCGGAGACGAAGGCGUAUGUGGGUCAGGCGUAUGUAGGGUAGGCUUGUGUAAUGCUGGAAUGGAUGAGACACUAAAGGCGCCGGGCUAAUUCUCGUUAAGUACUAUUUCAUAAUUCGAGUCUCUGUAAAGGAUACAGUCCUAUUCUCCAGAUUUACAUAUGUAUGCUUUUAGUUACCAAGUACUUCGACGCACUUUGGUGAAUCAGGAG